ACUGCGGACACAGUACAGGAGAUGACCAGAGACUGCGGACAUGUACAGGAGAUGACCAGAGACUGCGGACACAGUGCAGGAGAUGACAAGAGGGACUGGGACAACAGUACAGGCUGGAUGACCAGAGACUGCAGACAGUACAGGAUUGACACAUGCAGACUGCUGGAGACAGUACAGGGAAUGACCAGAGACUGCAGACAGUAACAGGGGAAAGACCAGAGACUGCAGGUAGUACAGGGGAGACCAGAGACUGAUGGACAGUGCAGGGAAUGACCAUGAUCCAGGAGUGGAAACAGACAG